UGUCUAGAUCAUCAUCCACCAUUCUUUGUCAAUCUAUUUUGCAAAAUCCCAAGCACCCUUCUCUUUCCUCCUAAAUCCAAGCAAAAUUACCUUAUAUUCAGAUUCCAUAUCCAAACUAAAAACCAAAAAUAAGAAGAAAAGUAAAAUAAGGAGGAGAAGGAGAGAGAGGGGAAAAAAAAAAAAAAAAAAAAAAAAGAAGGGGAAAAGUCAAAGGUCAAAUUUAUCCUUUUUUCCCUUCUUUCUUCCUCCUUAAUUCCUUUCUUUCUUUCUUUGCUCAAAACUUAAACCCACCACCCCAGAAGUGAGAGAGAGAGAGAGAGAAUUAGAAUUUCAAAGGAAAAAAAAAAAAAAAAAUCAAAUACAGAGAGAGGGAAAGAGAAAAAGUAAAAUGUGUGGGAUCUUUGCCUACUUGAAUUACAACGUAAACAGAGAGAGGCGUUAUAUCCUUCAAGUUCUCUUCAAUGGUCUUAGGCGUUUGGAGUACCGAGGCUAUGAUUCUGCUGGGAUUUCCAUUGACGAUUCUUCCUCCUUUUCUGCCGAUCUGGAAGCUCCCCAAUCCUCUUCCAGCUCUCUAUCUGGUCUUUCCCCUUCUCUUGUUUUUCGUCAGGAAGGAAACAUCGAGUCCCUCGUCAAAUCAGUUUAUCAAGAGGUUGCUGAAAGUGAAAUUAAUUUGGAGGAAUCUUAUUCUGUCCAUGCUGGAAUUGCUCACACCCGUUGGGCAACUCAUGGAGAGCCAGCACCAAGGAACAGCCAUCCUCAGACAUCUGGUCCUGGAAAUGAAUUCUUGGUUGUUCACAAUGGUGUUGUCACUAACUAUGAGGUCUUAAAGGAAACACUAGUUCGUCAUGGCUUCACAUUUGAAUCUGAAACGGACACAGAAGUAAUUCCAAAACUUGCCAAAUUUGUUUUUGACAAAGCAAAUGAAGAAGGUGAUCAGACUGUCACAUUUAGUCAAGUUGUGCUUGAAGUGAUGAGGCAUCUUGAAGGAGCCUAUGCCCUGAUCUUUAAAAGUCGGCAUUAUCCAAACGAGUUGAUUGCUUGCAAACGUGGCAGUCCAUUGCUCCUUGGUGUCAAAGAAUUUACCGAAGAUUUGAGCAAUGGAUCUGCAUUUCAUGAUGAUGUUUUCGUUUCAAAGAAUGGGCAGCCGAAAGAACUUUUCUUAUCUAGUGAUGCCAAUGCUGUAGUUGAGCACACAAAAAAAGUUUUGGUGAUUGAGGAUGGUGAAGUAGUACAUCUUAAGGAUGGAGGUGUGUCGAUUUUGAAGUUUGAUAAAGACAAGGGAAAGCAUGGUGCUUCACUACCAAGAGUUGCAUCAAUUCAACGUGCAUUGUCCAUUCUUGAGAUGGAGGUUGAGCAAAUAAAUAAAGGAAAAUAUGAACACUAUAUGCAGAAAGAAAUUCAUGAACAGCCAGAAUCUUUAACUACAACAAUGAGGGGGAGGCUGAUACGUGGAGGUUCCUGCAAAGCCAAGACUGUUCUUCUGGGUGGACUGAAGGAUCAUCUUAAAACUAUUAGACGAAGCAGACGGAUUGUUUUCAUUGGGUGUGGUACGAGUUACAAUGCUGCUUUAGCUGCAAGACCCAUCUUGGAAGAACUUUCUGGUAUACCUGUUACCAUGGAAAUUGCUAGUGAUCUAUUGGAUCGGCAGGGACCUAUUUACAGAGAAGAUACAGCUGUCUUUGUCAGUCAAUCUGGUGAAACAGCAGAUACUCUGAAUGCUUUGGAAUAUGCUUUAGAAAAUGGUGCAUUAUGUGUUGGCAUAACAAAUACUGUUGGUAGUGCAAUAGCCAGGAACACACACUGUGGUGUUCAUAUAAAUGCUGGUUGUGAGAUUGGUGUAGCAAGUACAAAGGCUUACACAAGUCAAAUAGUUGUGAUGGCUAUGUUAGCGAUAGCAAUAGGUGCAGAUGCAAUUUCCAAUCAAGAAAGAAGAGAGGCUAUAAUAGAUGGUCUAUUUGACUUGCCAAACAAAGUCAGAGAGGUCCUGAAGCUUGACCAAGAAAUGAAGGAUCUAGCAAAACUAUUAAUUGCCGAGCAGUCACUUCUGAUGUUUGGGAGAGGGUACAACUAUGCCACUGCUCUUGAGGCUGCUUUGAAAGUAAAGGAAGUGGCACUUAUGCAUAGUGAAGGAAUACUUGCGGGUGAAAUGAAGCAUGGUCCAUUGGCUUUAGUUGAUGAAAAUCUGCCAAUUUUGGUCAUUGCCACCCGUGAUGGAUGCUUUAGCAAGCAGCAAUCAGUUAUUCAGCAACUUCAUGCUCGCAAAGGUCGUCUAGUAGUUAUGUGUUCUAAAGGAGAUGCUGCAUCUGUGAGCGUUGGUGGUUCUUCUCGAGUGUUUGAAGUUCCACAAGUCGAGGAUUGUCUUCAACCGGUAGUUAAUAUUGUUCCACUACAGUUGCUGGCAUAUCAUCUCACCGUUUUGAGAGGCUUCAACGUGGACCAGCCUCGGAAUCUUGCCAAGAGUGUGACUACGGAGUAGGGAGAAGUUUACCGAUUCUUACUACAUGGAAAAAAACACCAGGGUCCUAGCUGAAUGAAAGCUCACCUUGGGAUGGAGAGUCUUUCACUUCAUAAUGUCUACAACUAUCUAUUACCUUCAUGUUAAGGUUGUAUAUUGUUUGAGUAUUGUAAAUUAUUAGAAAUAGGCACACAUUACUAACACCCUCUGCUUCUCAGACAAGUUUUUGUGCGCAUGAAGCACAUGGUAUUAUUGGGUUUUGAGUAUUUAUAUCUUUAAUAUGAUUGUUUUGUUUAGUGAUUAUGCAAGCUAUGAUGGUUUUGGUUGAUUAACAUGGAAAGUGUUGACAAUUUUCUCCAUCCAUUCUCAUAGUUUCUCUUCGGUCUUGUAAAAUAAGAAAUCCGCAGUUGGCAAUAUAAGCCAUUUAUAUGUAUAUGAUUUGUCAGUUUAAUAUAUAUGUAUUUGUCAUUUA